GUUUGUCGCCCCCCGAGAAAGGAGGUACGGUCGAGGCCAAGAGUGAGGCCGAGCGAGAGCUGACCGGGCUUGACUCGGCCACAGAACAAGGCACCGAAGGUUCCGGAGUGAAUGGAGGAGGCCCAGACCUGAGAUCAACGCCAGCCCGACCGGCCUGGCACGGGGCCUAUAGGGCGGGCAGGCAGGCGUGCCGAAGCCGCCAGGGCCUUUCCUCUGGUAUCGGGUGAGGGGCCUAGGCUCCGGUCCGGCGACAAGACCGGGCUCGGCCCCUCGGAACCAGAAUCCGACCCAGUCAGAAGCGGAGCCUUCACCAGGGCCAUAGGCCAGCGGCUAGGCCGGGCCCGGGCCUCCCAUCGGGGCCGGACUGGGACGAGGCCCCGGGGAGGCCCCUAGCGUACCAGACCCUUUCUUCAGGUCGACGCCCGCCGAGAAGAUGCAGCGUGCCCUACCAGGUGCCCGCCAGCAUUUGGGGGCCAUACUGGCCAGCGCCAGCGUGGUAGUGAAAGCGCUGUGCGCGACAGUACUAUUCCUCUACCUGCUCUCCUUUGCCGUGGACACGGGCUGCCUGGCGGUCACCCCAGGCUACCUCUUUCCACCCAACUUCUGGAUCUGGACCCUGGCCACCCAUGGGCUGAUGGAGCAGCACGUGUGGGAUGUGGCCAUCAGCCUGGCCACAGUAGUGGUGGCUGGGCGUUUACUGGAGCCCCUCUGGGGGGCAUUGGAGCUACUCAUCUUCUUCUCGGUGGUAAAUGUGUCUGUGGGGCUGUUAGGGGCCUUUGCCUACCUCCUCACUUACAUGGCUUCCUUCAACUUGGUCUACCUGUUCACUGUUCGUAUCCACGGAGCCUUGGGCUUCCUAGGUGGUGUCCUGGUGGCACUCAAGCAAACAAUGGGGGACUGUGUGGUCCUGCGAGUGCCCCAGGUGCGCGUCAGUGUAGUGCCCAUGCUUCUACUGGCGCUGCUGCUACUCCUGCGGCUGGCCACACUGCUCCAGAGCCCAGCACUGGCUUCCUACGGCUUUGGGCUGCUCUCCAGUUGGGUGUAUCUUCGCUUCUACCAGCGUCAUAGCCGGGGCCGAGGGGACAUGGCUGACCACUUUGCUUUUGCCACCUUCUUCCCUGAGAUCCUGCAACCUGUGGUUGGGCUGUUGGCGAACUUGGUACAUGGCCUUCUGGUGAAAGUAAAGAUAUGCCAGAAAACAGUAAAGCGCUAUGAUGUGGGUGCCCCAUCCUCCAUCACCAUCAGCCUGCCAGGCACAGACCCUCAAGACGCCGAGCGGAGAAGGCAACUGGCCCUGAAGGCACUCAAUGAGCGGUUGAAGAGAGUGGAGGACCAAUCUGUCUGGCCCAGUAUGGAUGAUGAUGAAGAGGAGGCCGGGGCCAAGGUGGACAGCCCCCUGCCUUCAGACAAAGCUCCCCUGCCUCCAGGGAAGGGGGGUGCUCCAGAAUCCAGUCUGAUCACCUUCGAGACAGCUCCCCCAAAACUGUAACUCCAGACCACCUUGAGUGUAGCACCUCCUCUCCGAAGCCCCUCUUGACACCCUCUCAGCUACUCCAGGGCACUGUCUGCUCUGAGGAGAGGGAAGAAGGCCUGCUGGAGGUUUCCACAGCCUUCUGCUGUUUCUCGCCAACACUACCCAGGAGUCUUGCUACCUGGUUCCAACUCCAGACGACCACUAUGCCAGGCAUGGGGCCUCCAAGGCAUCAGCCGUCCAGGCCUUCAUCUGAGGUAAGGUUGUACCUCAGCAGGCAGCCCCGAGCAAGUGACUGCAAGGACACUGGUGCCACGGCUCCUGGGCCGGCCCUCACAUCUAAAACUGGUUGCUGAGAGCCCUGAGUCAAGGCAGAGAUUUGCCAAAAAUGUUUUGGGGGCCCAGCCAGUGCAGGGCUGCACAUCCCUGCCCACCUCCAGAAAGACUAUGUUCUUGUCAGGAUUUCUUCUUUCCCUCUGCUGCGACCAUGACUGCUUCUGGGCCAGAACAGCCACAGCUCCCAGGUAUUUUCUACAGGACCACUUGAGUGGGCAGCCAAGCCCAGCCUCGCAGUAUCAAUAAAGCAGUUCUUUGAGGAAUGA